AUGUCGCGGGGUAUAGAUAUGAAUCAAUCCUUUAUAUUUGAGACUUCUGAGGAUUGUCAAGUAGUACCAACAUUUGAUGCAAUGAAUCUUAAGGAAGAAUUAUUAAGAGGUGUAUAUGCUUAUGGGUUUGAGCGUCCUUCUGCUGUACAGCAACGAGCAAUAAUGCCAAUUAUAAAAGGAAGAGAUGUAAUAGUUCAAUCCCAAUCAGGAACAGGAAAGACAUGUGUAUUCUGUCUAGGAGGACUACAGUGUAUAGAUAAUAAGAUUCGUGAUCCCCAAGUAUUAAUUCUAUCACCAACAAGAGAAUUAGCAGAACAAUCACAGAAAGUAUGUCUAGCUCUAGGUGAUUAUCUUUCUAUUCAAGUCUUAUGUUGUAUAGGAGGAAAAAGAUUAGGGGAUGAUAUAAGAGCACUAGAGGCAGGAGUACAUAUUGUAUCUGGUACACCAGGCAGGGUAUACCAUAUGAUUAGCGACAGACAUUUCUCAACAAAAUUCAUAAAAAUGUUAAUUUUAGACGAAGCUGAUGAAAUGUUGAAUAAAGGAUUUAAGCAACAAGUUUAUGAUAUUUAUAGAUAUUUACCUCCAUCUACACAAGUUGUACUUAUAUCUGCUACUCUUCCUCAUGAGGUAUUAGAGAUGACAACAAAAUUUAUGACGAAUCCCUUCCGUGUCUUAGUAAAAAGAGAUGAAUUAACAUUAGAGGGAAUAAAACAAUUCUUUGUUGCUGUAGAAAGAGAGCAUUGGAAGUUUGAUACAUUAACAGAUUUAUACGAUACAUUAACUAUAACACAAGCUGUUGUAUUCUGUAACACGAAGACCAAAGUUGAAUGGUUAGCACAGAAACUCAGGGAAUCUAACUUUACUGUCAGUAGGAUCCAUGGUGAUAUGCCACAAAAGGAAAGAGAUGAAAUCAUGAAAGAAUUCAGAGAAGGACAGAGUAGGGUUUUAAUUGCUACAGAUAUCUGGGGUAGAGGUCUAGAUGUCCAUCAGGUCUCUCUUGUUAUUAACUACGAUCUUCCUAACAGUCGUGAGCUGUACAUACACCGCAUCGGUCGAUCGGGUCGUUUCGGAAGAAAGGGUGUUGCCAUCAACUUUGUUAAGAAUGAUGAUAUUCGUAUUCUAAGAGAUAUAGAGCAAUACUAUGCAACACAGAUAGACGAGAUGCCUAUGAAUGUUGCAGACUUGAUUUAA